UUAGUAAAUUUCCACACCGUAUUACUUGUUUGUUUUCUUUCCACUGGCCUCCGGCAUGACUGUAUAGUGUAAUGUUAAGGCAUCUUGCAUCACUUUCUCGGCUGUUGCCUCACGGUACUUCACAUAGAGUGGAAUGUGUCGGUCUUAGCAGAGGAACUUGUUUUAUUAGUGAGAGCAGCAGAAGGCUGGGUGGAUCAGCAUCAGGUGUAUGGCAGAAAAGCAGCACCCAACAGGCUUCAGCUCCCGUCUCCACCACACUCGUAGCAACACGACAUAGUAGCAAACACAGGCCCAGGAACAAGAUUUACAACGUUUUAGAGACAAUGCCCAAAAAGGUUGAUGUUAAAGAGCUGCAAGGAAUCCGCCUUGCACGCCGACAGAAAGUUCGGAAAUAUCCCCCUUCAACUGUGUACCUCCAAGUACUUGGAUCAGGAAGUCCAGGUGGUUCCAGGGCUUUGUAUGUCUUUACAGAGCAAGCCAGAUACUUAUUCAAUUGUGGUGAGGGUACCCAAAGACUGGCCCAUGAGCACAAGGUGAAGUUGAGUAUGACGGAGCAUAUCCUAAUUACCCAUAAGGAUUGGGAGAAUGUUGGAGGUCUGCCUGGAAUUCUUCUAACUUUACAGGAUACUGGAGUGCCAGAAAUCAUCCUGCAUGGGCCUCCUGGAAUUGAUUCCCUGUAUUAUGAUACUCGACACUUCAUGCGGUUUAGGGACCUCAACAUUGAGUACAGGCACUAUGCUGAGAACAAUGGUAUUAUUGGUGAAGGAACUGAUCCACUUAUCAUCCAGUGUGUUCCUCUCUGGGAUAACAUGGAAGAGUCUAUAAAUUCUGGUAACUCUGGAGAACUGGAUGCAGAUAAGGGGACGUCUGAAGAAGUUGAAGACCUCUUUUCCUAUGAGAAGCCUUGGAUGAAAAAGAGACCCAAUCAAAGUAAUGAUCACUAUAUGAAUCCUACAGUGAAGCGUCAGAGACAAGAAGAAAGCACAAAAUGUAGGAAUAUGGCUGUGGCUUACAUAUGCAGACCCCCACCUAAGGCAGGAGCACUCAAGCUGGAGAAAUGUGUGAAGGCUGGUGUACCUGCAGGUCCUUUGUUAGGAGAAUUAAAAAGAGGACAAGAUGUAACUCUCCCCAAUGGUAAUGUUGUCCGAGCAGCAGAUGUUACAGAGCCAGAUGAUCCAGGCCCUGUUUUUAUUGUGAUGGAGGCCCCCACCAUAGGCUACCUUGAUGCCUUGUUAGAGUCAUCUGCCUUCACCCAGUAUCAGUCUUCCGCUAAAUGUGAGGGAGACUUGGCAGAGGUGGUUGUGCAUUUCACUCCUGCUGAAGUUAUGGCUCAUCCUCAGUAUCAAGAGUGGAUGGCCCGAUUUUCGCCAUCAACAAGUCAUAUUGUUAUCAAUAAUGAGAGCUCUUGUAUGGGAUCUGAGGCUGUGCAUAGAAUUCAGUACAAACUAAAUAAUCUUAGCGAAAGACUGUUUCCACUUUUGAAAGAUGCUGGCAUUCCGUUCAAAGAUAUAAGUACUGUUGAAGAGAGUAUAACAAGUACAAAUGGCUCAAGUACUGAAUGUGUCAAAGUUAGUGAAAAGGUGUCUGUUCAACAGAAAGACACAAAUUGUAAAAGAGAUUCAAGUUCUCAGUUUUUAAUAGGACCAGUUCAUCAAGCAACCACACUCCUCACUUACAACAUUAGACCAAAGAAAACACUUAAUACAUCAAAUGGUCUUGUGCUAUGUCCAGAUGCUUACCUGAAAGAAUGUUAUGAACAAGAGAACUUUGAGACAAUCCUUCUGAAUUGCAAAGCAAAAUUGCAAGCUCCACUUCUGGAAGAGCAAAAUUCUUGCGAUAUUUCAGAGAACUAUCCAAACAUUAUAUUUUUGGGAACUGGAUCUUGUAUACCAAACAAAACACGAAAUACUUCAGGAAUUUUGGUAAAUAUAAGUGCUACAAAGUCUCUGUUAAUGGAUUGUGGUGAAGGAACCUAUGGACAAAUAGUUAGAUUAUUUGGUUUUGAAGAAUCUGACAAUGUUCUUCGGAAAUUGGUUGCUGUGUAUGUUAGCCAUCUCCAUGCUGACCAUCACAUUGGAUUCAUCCGUCUCCUGAAUGCUAGAAAGAAGGCUUUCCAUCGAGCUGGAUUGCAUGACGUGCCCAAGCUCUUUCUUCUUGCUCCAAGCAAAAUCAUGGCAUACCUUGCUUCAUAUCAUGCCAACUUUGAACCCAUUAUGCAGAACUUCACUCUAAUUGGUAAUCAAAGACUUCUUAGUGAUGAUUUAAACUUGGACCAAGAAAUCUACAAUAAUCUCUGCUCACAUUUGGAUAUGAAAGCAAUUUCUAUGACUUUUGUCAUUCAUUGUCAAAACUCAUUUGGAGUAGCUUUGACUCACAAAAAUGGUUGGAAACUUGUGUAUUCUGGAGAUACUAUGCCAUGCCAAGGCCUUGUUGAUAUAGGUAAAAAUUGUGACUUGUUAAUUCAUGAGGCCACAAUGGAAGAUGAACUUGAAGAGGAUGCUAGAAUAAAGACACAUUGUACCACUUCACAGGCUAUUCAGGUUGGUCGAGACAUGAAUGCCCGAUAUAUUGUGCUGACCCAUUUCUCACAGCGUUACUCAAAGGUGCCACUAUUAAAGGAUCUGCCAGCGCAAGUUGGAAUAGCAUUUGAUAAUAUGAAAAUUUGCUUUAGGGAUUUACCUACUCUACAUCACAUGCAUGAAGCAUUGGUAGCCAUGUUUGCUGAAGAUUACGAUGAUAUGCUAGAGAAGACUGCAAAGAAGCGUGCAGCACGGGAAAGGCUUACAGAAAGUUUGAAAACAAGAAAAGUCAUACCACUGUAGAGAAAGGAGUCUUAAAUAAAGAGUAUUUCAGUGGUA